CACACUUGGUGAUGCAAAUGACGUCACAACCCACGCACAUUGGACAGGAAGAGGCGUAAAGGAAGAAAAAAAAAAAACAAGAUGGCAACGGGCUCAGAUCACGGGCUACAAAGAAUAGUUUGGAAAAAAAUAAGAGACACAAUCAUCGCAGACUGCAGAAAAUCUGAAGUAUGGAAGAUAUUAAUUCUGGACCCCUUCACCACCAAGCUCCUCUCAUCAUGCUGCAAAAUGUCCGACCUACUGGCAGAGAAAAUUACAAUUGUGGAGGACCUUUUCAAAAGCAGAGAGCCUGUACAAGAGAUGAAGGCAAUCUACUUCAUGUCCCCGACUGCAAAGUGUGUGGAGGCUUUUAUUGCUGACUUCAAGACCAAACCCAAAUACAAAGCAGCAUAUGUUUAUUUCACCGACUACUGUCCAGAUGACCUGUUCAACAAAAUGAAGCUGAACUGUGCAAAGUACAUACGAGUCUGUAAGGAGAUAAACAUGUCCUUCAUGCCACAAGAGGCACAAGUCUUCACAUGUGAAAAUACGGGGGCUUUCCAAAACAUCUACAGUCCCAAGAGUCAGGACAAAAAGAAGACACUGGAGACACUUGCAGACCAGCUCGUCACUCUCUGCGCCACGUUGGACGAAUACCCAGGGGUCAGAUACAAGAAAGACGGCAACAUGGAGAACGCCAAGACCCUGGCAGAGCUGGUGGACAACAAGCUGGCCAGCCACUAUGAAAUGGAUGAAAGUGGCAAGAAGAAGGGCAAGACUCAGGCUCAGCUGCUGAUCGUGGAUCGAGGUUUUGACCCUGUAAGUCCCAUCCUGCAUGAGCUGACCUACCAGGCCAUGACUUACGACCUUAUUGAUAUCCAGGAUAACAUCUACAAGUACAAGGGUAAAGACGGCUCAGAGAAGCAGGCCCGGCUGAAUCAGGAGGACAUGCUCUGGGUUGAGCUGAGGCACAAACACAUCGCUGAUGUCUCAGCACAAAUCCCCAAGAUGGUGAAGGAGAUCUCUGCUAACAAGAAACAACCGGAUGGGAAGAUCACCAUAAGCAACCUGGCCCAGAUGAUGAAGAAGAUGCCUUCUUUCCGUAAACAGCUGACUGAGAAAACCGUUCACCUGCAGCUGGCCGAGGACUGCAUGCAGCAUUAUUCAAACAAUGUGGAGAAACUCUGCAAAGCUGAGCAGGACCUUGCAGUGGGGUCGGACGUGGAAGGGGUGAAGGUGAAAGAUCCCAUGAGGACCCUCCUGCCUGUGCUGCUGCACCCGUACAACAUCCACGAUAAGAUCCGAGCUGUGCUGCUCUACAUCUUCAGCCUCAGUGGAACAACAGACGAGAACUUAAGCAAACUCAUCCAGCAUGUAAAGAUCGAGCAUGAACAAGAGUUUAUCCUGAAUUGGAAGGAACUGGGGGUCCCAAUCAUCACAACGCCUAGUUUCUUUUCUAGAAAACCAACCAGGCGGGAUCGUUCCAACGAGGAGAAGUACAACCUCUCUAGAUGGACUCCUGUUAUUAAAGAUGUGAUGGAGGAUGCCGUGGAGAACAAACUGGACACCAAGGAAUGGCCACACCAGUCUGAGUGUCCUGCUGCCUGGAACGGCUCUGGGGCUGUCAGUGCCCGUCAGAAGCACAAAGCCAGUGCUCAGGACGAUCGCCGGACGGGCGCGCGCCUCAUCAUCUUUAUUCUGGGAGGAGUGUGCUUCUCAGAGAUGCGCUCUGCCUACGAGGUCACCCAGGCAGUGAAAUCAUGUGAGGUUAUCAUAGGUUCCACUCACAUUUUGACCCCGACCAGUCUGCUGGAGGACAUCAAGGCCCUCAGCAAAGGCCCCGUCGAGACUUUUACAAUCGAUGAAAGGAGCACUGCCUGACAUGUUUAGCUCUUCAGCGAAUGCAAACUACCCCUGCUUCCAUGCAUCUUAUCUCCCUCAGCACACUGCACUCAUCUCAACUUCCUCAAAGGAAAACUGAAGGGAAAUUAUCUUAUACUUAUCUUUUAACACAAUUUUCAAACCUGGUGCACAUGUCCAGUUGGCAUGAGGGCAAAUCUUCUUUAAUUUGGUCAUGUCAGGGAGAUUAUUCUUAAAGAAGGAAGAAUAGAUUUGAAUAAUGUAGAUCAAAUUAAGAGUGAAUGUACCUCAUCCCACUUCUAGCAUUUUUUUUUUUUAAAGUUAUAUUUUUGGGGCUUCUUGCCUUUUAUUAUAUAGGACAGCUGAAGAGAGACAGGAAAUGUGGGGAGUAGAGAGUGGGGGAAGAGUGGUCGACCAACCGGGAAUCGAGCCGGCGACCCCUGCGACGAGGACUGUAGCCUCUGUAUGUGGGGCGCUUAGACCGCUAGGCCACCAGCGCCUCACUUCUAGCAUUUUAAGUACAAAUUUUCUAAUCUGCAUGUUUGUUUUUGCUUUUUGUCCAUUAAGAAAAUGUUGUUUGUGUUACACGUUGAAAGACCUCUGAGAAGCAUUCAGAGAAAGAGCGAUGCGGGUAAAGUAAUGAAAACUUCAUGUAUAUACUGUAUGUAAGCACUAAGGCCCUGCUGUGUUAUUCUGACUUUUUGAGUCACUACUGUUUGUAAACACCUAAUAUAAAUUUAAAGAGUGUUUUUAACAAAGAUUAUUUACCUUUUUCUUGAAUUGAACAACUGACUAAUAAACGGAUGAAGUGGUUCAAAUCCUGGCUUGAUUCCA